AUGGACCACUUCAGGCGUAUCAAUGGGUAUACUCGGGGCAGAGGCACCAAUGUGAAUUGCAACAAUACUCAAGAGCCACGCCUCAACAUUUCGCCACAAGCCUCGUCCGACAACGCAACAGUAUACUACAGUGCAUCUGAAGGAAGUACGGAUGAUGAGUCCACUUCUGAAUCUGACCUAGACGAUGGAGACUUUCGUCUCUUAGAGUCAGCAAGCUUCAUGGCCCCUGCUGCUGAAUCCUCCACUGGAUCUCGGGUAUGGGACACGACGUGCAACAACACCUCUCUAGAGACUCUUGCCACGACAUGCACCGAAGCUUCCGAACCGCUCCAGCAAAAGUUUGUCUUGAUUCCAGAAAGGCUCGACGUAUUUCAAUACCAAGUUCCCUCGUCUCAAGGUGAUAGUGCACCAGCACUACCGACUGAGCAACCCCGAUUUCCGUGUGCCAAUCUAGGCCACAGGAAGAAUAUACCGCUGCCGUCUUCACUGCAGCCCGGGGAGCCCACCCAAGUGCCCCAAAGACAUGGCCCGCCAGCUACGCAACGCCGAUCCACCGCAGAUAAACGACGACGGCACAGAGCAUCCUCUCGAAGGGCUUCGAACAUUGCCCACAAGCGCUCGACCAUCAGCCUAGCUCACAAGACUGCAGGCCCUGAAGUUAUCAAAACGGCCUUGGCCAAGGCUUGUAAAAAGACAAGUCCGAGCUCGACGCUCGUCGAAGCCCUGGUGACUGAGCAAGGGCUGCAAUCAUCUUCGUUCUACAAGCAACCGAUUUUGGACUGUGUCAGGCUUGCCACCAAGAAGCACAACAAGUGUCUCCGAAUAAUACUUGAAGCACUGGGUUCCGAUAAGAAGCGUAUACUCGACAAGAUCCAGAGAUCAGACGGCAACUUGCUUCGGCUUAUCCUUACCAGGACAGACCGGGAGCCUCUUACGAGAUACAACGUCAAAACAAUGGUGAUGCUUCUAAACGCAGGUGUUGACCCCAACGACACGGCGAAUGGGACUAGACCAGUGCCAUUGCAUCAGGCAGUUGACCUGGGGGUCUGCAGAGCUGUUAGCCUCCUAUUGAGUUGGGGCGCUGAUCCUCAAAUUAGAAAUAGCGCAGGACUGAAUGCCCUCGACCUUGCCAAUCAGUGUGCUAGGAAUGCGGAUGGGGCCGAAAGGGAAUGUCAGAAGAUGGAUCGCGAGAAAAUCUUGGCGCACCUGAUGUCUAUCACAUCGUAG